UCACGCUGACGUGCCGCGUCACUGGCCGGCUCCCUGCUUUCGCUCGUCGUUGCAGAUACGUUCUCCCGGACAGCAAUGGCGGCCGUCCCUCAUCUCCCCGCGCCCGGCGCCCAGGCCCGCCCGGCUGACGGCAUCCUGAUCGGGGACCGGCUCUACUCCGAAGUCUACCUCACCAUCGACAACUCGCUGAUCCCCGAGGAGCGGCUCUCCCCCACCCCCUCCAUGCUGGACGGCCUGGACCUGCAGGCGGAGACCGACCUGCGCAUCCUGGGCUGUGAGCUCAUCCAGUCCGCCGGGAUCCUACUCCGCAUGCCGCAGGUGGCCAUGGCGACUGGACAGGUGUUGUUUCACCGGUUCUUCUACUCCAAAUCCUUUGUUAAACACCACUUUGAGAUUGUUGCCAUGGCUUGUAUCAAUCUCGCUUCAAAAAUUGAAGAAGCCCCAAGGCGAAUUAGAGAUGUGAUAAAUGUUUUUCAUCAUUUACGUCAAAUAAGAGCAAAAAGGACCCCCAGCCCACUGAUACUUGAUCAGGGCUACAUUAACACCAAAAAUCAAGUAAUCAAAGCGGAGAGAAGAAUAUUGAAGGAAUUGGGAUUUUGUGUUCAUGUCAAACAUCCACACAAGAUAAUUGUUAUGUACCUGCAAGUUCUAGAAUGUGAACGCAAUCAAACCUUAGUUCAAACCGCCUGGAAUUAUAUGAACGAUUGCCUUCGAACAAGUGUUUUUGUGCGCUUUGAAGCAGAAACCAUUGCAUGUGCUUGUAUUUAUCUUGCUGCUAGAGCAUUACAAAUUCCAUUGCCUAAUAAACCACAUUGGUUUUUACUGUUUGGCGCUACAGAGGAAAACAUUCAAGAGAUCUGCGUAACAACACUAAGGCUUUAUACCAGGAAAAAGCCAAACUAUGACCUUUUGGAUAAAGAAGUGGAAAAGAGAAAAAUGGCAUUACAAGAGGCUAAAUUGAAAGCAAAGGGAUUAAAUCCUGAUGGGACUCCAGCUCUCUCGACCAUGGGAGGCUUCUCUCCUGCAUCUAAGCCUUGUUCUCCUCGAGAAAUGAAAGUGGAAGAAAAGUCUCCAGUUUCUGCAAAAAUUAAACGUGAACCUGAAGAUAAGCAGUCUUCAAAAAGCCCUUAUAACGGACUGCGUAAAGAAGUAAAAAGAAGCAGGAGUGGCAGUAGAUCACGAUCACAAACAAAGUCAAGAUCCAGAUCCCGUUCUCCAAGGAGACAUUAUAACAACAGACGAAGUCGUUCUGGAACAUACAGUUCGAGGUCAAGAAGCCGGUCUCGAAGCCACAGUGAGAGUCCUCAUAGGCAUCAUAACCAUGGAUCUCCACGCCUAAAACCAAAACAUCGAGGGGAGGACUUAAGAAGCUCAAGCAGACAUGGCCAUAAAAGGAAAAAGUCUCAUUCUCCAACUCCAAGCAAAUCAAGAGAUCAUGCUGACCCUGGCAAGAAGCACAGACACGAGAGACAUCAUAGGGAUAGGCGAGAGAGAUCUCGGUCAUUCGAGAGGUCACAUAAAAGCAAACAUCAUGGCAGUAGCCAUUCUGGACAUGGCAGACACAGACGCUAAAUAUUCAUUUGACAGAAGGGAGCAGAUAUGUAAUGUUUAGCUGUCUGUUUAUGGACUUCAGCUUUUUUUUUUUUUCUCCCUCUUCCCAUCUCCCCUUUUCUUUGUAAAAUAAAACCGAAGAUAUGACAAAAAUUCUGGAAAUUAGCAAGUCUGGGUUUUUAUUGACCUCUGUUCUCUUGCACGUUAUACCUUGGCAGUGUGACAUUUAUUAUGACCGUGGUCAGGCUGUAAUUAUUAUAAGGCAGUGUAUUAAACAGAACAGCUUGUGAUACAUUGCUGUAAAGAUGUCAUAUUUUUUUUACAUGAACCAGUUGCAGACACUGUUAUAUUUAAACUUGAUUAUUUAAGAAAUUGUGAGAUUUUUUUUUCUUUCUUACAUUUGGUUUUAGUCUGCGUGUAUACAGUCCAAUUUUUAUUAAAUAACUUAGAAAAAU